UCUGAGCAGAAAGAGGUGUGUAAGUUGGAGAUGGCCAGAACUAAGCAGACCGCUCGUAAGUCCACCGGAGGAAAAGCUCCGAGGAAGCAGCUCGCUACCAAAGCCGCCCGGAAGAGCGCUCCGGCUACCGGCGGUGUGAAGAAGCCCCACCGUUAUAGGCCCGGCACCGUGGCGCUGAGAGAGAUCCGCCGCUACCAGAAAUCCACCGAGCUGCUGAUCCGCAAGCUGCCCUUCCAGCGCCUGGUGAGAGAAAUCGCUCAGGACUUCAAGACCGACCUCCGCUUCCAGAGCUCCGCUGUGAUGGCUCUGCAGGAGGCCAGCGAGGCUUACCUGGUCGGCCUGUUCGAGGACACCAACCUGUGCGCCAUCCACGCCAAGAGGGUGACCAUCAUGCCCAAAGACAUCCAGCUGGCCCGCCGCAUCCGUGGAGAGAGGGCUUAAACUGAUCUGAGAACAUCUACAGUCAACAAAACGGCUCUUUUAAGAGCCACAUCA